AUGGGAAAAGAUUAUUAUGGUAUAUUAGGAGUGAAGAAGGGAGCUGAUCAGGAUGUUAUCAAGAAAGCGUAUCGUCGUAUGGCGUUAAAGUGGCAUCCUGAUAAGAAUCCCAAUAACAGAGAAGCUGCAGCAGAGAAGUUUAAAGAGGUAGCCGAAGCUUAUGAUGUCUUGAGUGAUCCACAGAAGAAGGCUGUAUAUGAUCAAUACGGAGAGGAAGGCCUUAAGGGUGGUGCUCCAGGUGGCCCUGGUCCAUCACAACCUGAUGCCCAAGGAUACUACACUACUGGAAACUUCCAGGGUGCUCCUCAUGGUUUCCAUUAUACCUUCUCACGUGAUCCCAAUGAUAUGUUUGCCCAGUUCUUUAAGGAAAGUGUCCAUCGAACUAAUAGUUUUGGGGAAACACCAUUUGGUAACGAUACCUUUGCUGAGCUAUUCUCAGGUCUAGGUGGUGGUGGUGGAGCUGGUCGAGGCCAGCCUGGUAAUGAUGCAUCGAGCACUAUGGGCAAGAAGAGUAGGUUAUAG